CUCAUAAUUUCCAACAGGAGGGUGAAGAGGACACACCACCUCCCAGCCCCCAACCCAAACCCAACAAGGUCCCUCCAGAGACGAAGCCCAAGCCGGCCACCCCUCCCCCCGUCACUGUUCCCACAGAAGAGGAGGACGAAGGGGACAAAAUCAUGGCUGAGCUUCAGGUGUUCCAGAUGUGCACAGUUAAGGAUGUAGGGGUGAAACAUUUGGUAGAACCCACCUCUCGAAUUGAUCCGCAAAUCAGAGAGCUGAGGCCCUUAAUGCCUCUCAAAGAGAAAAAGCAGAGCUCAGAGUCCACACGGGAGGAUAAAGAUCCCGACACAGAUGAAAAUGGGAACACAACUCUCCGACAGAGCCAAGGGGUCAUUUACUAUGUGACCGGGCAGAUUCCCAAAGAGCAUCCAACGCUGUCCGGAACGGAGGAGAUCCACGAACACCGAGAGACCGCACAGCCUCCAUCACAGGUGUCAAAUGUCAAUGUUAACGACAAUUCUCCAAGUCAGCAGCCACAACCGUCUUCACCACCAAAAUCUCCUAUAACACCUCCACCGAUAUCCCCCAAACCUGUGGGACUGAAAGGGUUCAAACUUCCAAGGAAGCAAAUGAAACGCUCCGAGUCCUUGAAGAGCAGCGUAGAAAUGGAGAAGGGGAAAAUCCUCAACAAAAUUAACACUGAAAAGAAAAGUAAAUCUGUCCUGCAGCAUGUUUCUUCAAGUAAGAAUAUAAUACCUGAGCCUGUGGCCACGACCAAAACCGUUAAGGUGGCGCCAAAAAGUUCACUAAAAAAGGCUCACAGUGAGGAUCCGCCUAAAGCGAGCUACGUGGAUUUUAACGAGGAGGACAGUCUUAGUCCUGACUUACCUGGAGAAGAGGCUCCUCCCCCUCCUGAAAACAUAGCAUUUAUGAUCACUAACACCAAAGUGCAGGCCCUGUCCUGCGGCGAGUACCAGGACCUGGUCAACGCCAAGAAAGGAAGCGUGCAGACGGUCACUGUAGGUAGCGCUCGCCACCGAGGGAAAGACUCAAUGGAUCCCAAUUUCCAACAUGAUAACGGCUACAACAAGAAGCCCGUCAUCAUCAUUUUUGACGAGCCCAUCGACAUCCGUUCGGCGUACAAACGUCUGUCUGUCAUCUUCGAAGGUGAGGAGGAGCUGGACAGGAUGUUAGCGGCCGAGUGCAUCGAGGAGGAGAGCGAGGAGUCUGACUCUGAGAAGGGUAGCGGGCGGCAGGCUAAAGCAGGAGGGAGCCAGGUGGUUGACGGCAAAGACGUUAGCGCUUCACAGCUCAACGCUGAACGCGUUAGCUUGUCAUCCUCGUCUUCAUCGAUCUCUGAGCCCGCAGACAGUGGAGUGAACUCAAACGGUGACGCCAAGACGGACGGAAAGAAGAAGUUCAAGUUUAAGUUCCCUAAGAAACAGCUGGCGGCGUUCACCCAGGCCAUCCGCACCGGCGCCAAGUCCGGAAAGAAGACCUUACAGGUGGUGGUGUACGAAGACGAGGAGGAAUCAGACGGUACGAUCAAGCAGCACAAGGAGGCCAAGAGGUUUGAGAUCACGCGCUCUAAAUCCCUAGCAGAGGCUCACAAGGGCGCAGUGCUGAAGAGGCAGAACUCAGAGUCCCUCUUCAGGACGGACGAGAUCCGGAAGAACGCCUACAAGACGAUGGACAGCCUGGAGCAGACCAUCAAGCAGCUGGAGACCACCAUCAGCGAGAUGGGGCCGGCCUCCCCCACGGAGGAAGCUAACACGGGGAAUGGGAACAUCUCAGAAGGGGCGGGGCUUAAGAGGUCUUCCUCUCUGCCCACCUCCAGGGGGUCCGGCCCUAAGGUACCCAGCAAAAGCAUUCUGGUGAAGAAGAAUAAACCCCAGCUGCUCCCACGCCCUGUAGUCCCUACUACCAGCACCACCACUGUCCCCAGUGAAACUACCGUACAACAGAACACCAGUGUCGCGUCCCCUACUAGUCGGAUGCCCGUCCCUUUGUCUGCGAAGUCCAGGCAGUCGCCGGGUACUACUGACAAAGCAGGAAAACCGCAAAAACUGCAGGACGCUCAGAGGCAGUUCCGACAGGCUAACGGAAGUGCUAAAAGAGUGGGAGGGGAUCAUAAAACUACUUCCCCUACUAUUCCCACCUCUAAAAUCCCUGCUUUUUAUCCUAGCUCUCCUAAAGGCAGCCCCCAGUCUGCACCAAACUCAGAUGCUACUAAUCCCAUUAACCCUUCCUCUUCCUCCUCUGCGACAAAGUCCUCCAUCCUGUCCUCUCCUCUUCCUCGCUCCGGUUCCCAGCCCUCCUCCCACAUCCCCUCCCUGUCUAACGGAUCCCUCAAACUCCCCUCACAACACACAGGUAAAACUCUUUCGUUCUCCUCGCAGAAUGGUCGAGUGCACUCCUCCUCUUCCUCCUCUUCAUUCUCAUCAUCCUCAUCCUCCCCCUCCCCUCUGUCGCCCACACCUUUGGGCCCGGGUGGAAAGAGCAUCCGCACCAUACACACCCCCAGCUUCACCAGCUACAGGGCCCACAACGGCAGCAGCAACGGCAAAUCCUGCAUCCCAACAGCCACCGCCGCUAAGGACGCUUCCUAGGCCCCGUUCACCGCCCAGUGGUCUGUUACAGCUCAGAGAGUCCUGAUGUGAACCCCAAAUGUUGAGUACUCCAAAGUUUUAUCCUUUAAAUGUAUAGUACGGGACCCCAGCACAUAGAAACUGCCAGAUGCUAACUUGCAGACGUUGCGUUAAAUAGCAUUAAUUAGCAUCUUAUGUUGACAUUAGUUAAAUAAUUAAACGGCUUGGCUCCAACUGUUUUGGAGUCGUUAUUGGAAUAAUUGAGUCCAUUUCUGAUCUUUUCAGAAUCAAACAUGCCAGUUUUAACCAGAAAGAGGCAAUAUUUCUACUCUAUGGGCUGACUUUUAUACAUUUUGGGUCAAUUUUGAAGAUUUAGAGCAGUGGUUACCAACCUGGCGGGGGGGCGCCAAAGAUCGCAGGGGGGGGCGCCAGGCCUCAGAUGAUUUGAGGCCAAAUAUCAUAUUUA